GCCCCCGGAGCCUGGGCGGAGCCGCCGGCAGAGACUCCUGCUUCAGGCCGGGGCUGGCAGCGGCGACGUAGGCCCCGGUGGGCGUUUGGCACGGAGCGGCCCCGGCCGGGAAGGGGAUCCAGCGGGGAGCCAUGAGGCGAUCGCGGGGCUGCGGGAGACGAGAAGCUUGAGAGGGACAUGUGACUCACCCACGGCAGAAUCCCUCUCCAGCCCUGGCAUCUCAAGUGUAGGAGCAUCGAGUUCUCACUGGUUCCAGACACCGGCAAGGGAACAUGAGACUAGCAGGACCGCUUCGUGGCGUCGUUAUCAUCUUGACGGCUGGCCUCACGUGGAUCCUCGUCAGUGUCUUGCUGGGCACCCAGAGCGGCUUCUCUCGCUUGCAGCAGCUCCUCAACAAUCCCGAGAAUCCUCCCAGCGCAGAGCCCAGGCCCAAGAAGUACAAGUGCGGGCUGCCCCAGGCCUGCCCGGACCAGACUUUUGCCUUCAAGAUCACCAGCGGCGCGGCGAAUGUCAUCGGGCCCAAGAUCUGUCUGGAGGAUAAGAUGCUAAUGAGCAGCGUGAAGAACAACGUGGGCCGGGGCCUGAACAUCGCGCUUGUGAACGGAGUGAAUGGAGAGCUGAUCGACGCGAAGUCCUUUGAUAUGUGGGCAGGAGAUGUGAGCGAGCUGUUAAAAUUCAUCCGGCCGCUGCAUGAGGGGACAUUGGUAUUCGUGGCCUCGUACGAUGACCCUGCAACAAAGAUGAACGAUGAGGCCCGCAAAAUCUUCAGCGAGCUGGGCAGCACCGUCGCUAAGGAACUAUCCUUUAGGGACAGCUGGGUCUUCGUUGGUGCCAAGGGGGUGCAGGACAAAAGCCCCUUUGAACAGCACGUCAAGAACAGCAAGAGCUCCAACAAGUACGAGGGCUGGCCGGAAGCGCUCGAGAUGGAAGGCUGCAUCCCACAGCGAACCGCUGAAGUUCAGUGAGGGCUUCCCUCUUUGGAGCCCGCGGGAUCUCUGCCCGCAUGGUGCAGCAGCCAGGGGGUGGGGAAGGUGUUCUGCCUCUCUGCCCUGCUGUCUUCCCAAACCGUUUCAGCCAUCGUCCUCUGGCGCAGCCUCUUCAGGCAAUCUAGUUUUCCUUUCUACAGGGCGUGCCUAGACCAGGCCUUGGGAAGUGGGGUUUUGUCAACCUGUAACCUCUGGGACCGACCCCCGAGCCCAACCCUAGUGCCUUAUUUCUCUCCUGGGUGGAGCUUCCCUUCUGUUGUGAAUUCCAGGAGGAAAUCUGUGCCCUCCGUUGACUGCUGGCUCAGGAACUGUCCUCGGGACACGUCUGGCUCUCUGUCCUUCCCUCUGCAGUCUUCUAAAGGGACCAACUGAUGUAGCCCGCUGGGCUUCAGGCAAUACCUCCCUUGCCAGAAAGUUGCUCUUUUCAAGGACGGCCCCUUUUUUGGUUUGGUACUUUUGAAAGAUGCCUCGAGGCAGUUCCUUGGAAGCUGUUGGUGUCCUUGGUUUGUUUGCGAUGAGAAGCAAAAGAGAGAACUCUCUCGGUUCAUGGCUAUUCAUAGCAGAGGGGAUCAAAACCGGGCAUUCCCGUUUUUGGAAAAAAAAACUUGAAGCUUGUUGCUAAACCGAUUCUCCUAAUAAAAAUUGGACAGGG